CCUCGACCCCACAGUCACUUUCUCCUGAGAAUCUGGCAUAACAAAACGCCUCAAUAUGCCAUUGUCGGUGGCCCCAAGAUUUACGAGCAUCGGUCGGCUCAUGCGCCUGUCGGGUGCACCUUUCCACAGCCAGUCACACCGCGCACCAGCAGUGUCUGUGCUGUUCCAAGACAUUGAGCCACCUGUGAUCAAUGGUGUUCGAAAGCCUAGAAAGCCAGGUGGCUACCAAGAUUCUGGCGCUGACAUUGCUUUCACGCUCCAGUCAAAGGGAUUGGCUGUAAUCACCCCAGCCACUUCCCCAGAUGUCUAUAAGCACGAGGGUUGGUGUUUCUCCGAUAACGAGGCUGGCAUUUGCUCCGCUGUGGACAAGGGGACAACACAUCUUUGGGCAAACACUAUUUUAUUCGAGUCCCACCCUUUACAAAGGUCCGAAAAGUUAACUCCAUAUGCAUCUGAUCUCUAUGUUGUUGGCCAACCUCCUGCAAUGGUUCAGAAUUUUGAUGACAAGGCCUACCUGAACGGCAAGCUGAGAGAGAUUGGUGGCUAUACGCUACCCCGCUCAUGGCUUGUACAAGGCUCGGCCAAUAUUGAUGAGAUCAUUGCAUCUAUUGACCGGUUUCCCGUUGUAGGGAAGCCAAUUCGCGGUCGUGGAAGCUACGGCGUCAAAGUUUGCCAUAAUUCAGUCGAAUUAAAGGAGCACAUUCUCCAGUUGAUCGACGAAUCACCGGUCGUCAUGGUUGAGGAGUACCUUGCAGGUGAAGAGGCAACUCUAACUAUAAUGCCGCCAUCGCCCGAACGACCAGAAUACUGGAGUAUGUUUCCAGUCUCGAGAUUUAAUCAUAUGGAUGGCAUCGCACCGUACAACGGCGUAGUAGCCGUUGUGGCGAACUCCCGUGUCGUGACCGAUAAGGACAUGAAAGAUCCUGCUUACCGCAAAAUCAUGGACGAAGGUGUGAAGGUUGCAGCGCUUAUUGGAGCCACUGCGCCUAUUCGGAUUGAUGUGCGGAGAUUCAGUGAAAAUUCCGAAUUCGCUCUCUUUGACAUCAACAUGAAACCUAAUAUGACUGGCCCGGGGCGACCAGGGCGGGAGGACCAAGCAAGCUUGACUGCGAUGGCAGCGUCUGCGAUGGGGUGGGACUACGGCACCCUUUUGCAGAAAAUUCUGGCCAGCGCUACUCAGCUGAGUAAAUUCCGAGCAUACCGCAGCCCCUUCUAGACUGUUGAACAUGGUAUUUGAUUUUGAUAAGCGUAAUCGCGACAUGUACUUGAUAGCUUAGUGUUGGAUCUUUAUAGAGUUUCAGAACCGAGUCAAUUUGGAACUGAAUGCCGCAGCGUAGUUAUCGGUAUAGGCAUAAUAACUUAUCAG